GCCAUAUCCAAAUCGCAAAUAUCUUUGAACACCCAUCCCAUCAUUCCAAAUCCCAUUCCCUACGUGGCAUCGCCACUACUACUUCAACAUGUCUUGGAGAAACCAGGGAAUCACGGGCUCGAACAACAUCCCACUGGGCAAGACGCGCCGCUUUGGUGGCGACGCUGAGCCUGAGGAUGCGCAGCCCAGCUUCAACUCAGGUUCCAAUAACUCUGCGCCGUCGCAGCCGUCGUACUCGGGCGGCUUCAAUGGCGGCGAUCGCGAUGCUAAGCGCGGUCGCAGCCCUGAGCCAAGAUCCGAGGCCGACGGCCCGAAACGACGCAAGAAGCGAAACCGAUGGGGCGACGCCACGGAUAAUAAGGCCGCAGGCCUGAUGGGUCUUCCGACCGCAGUCAUGGCUAACAUGACAGCCGAACAGCUCGAAGCAUACACCCUUCAUCUCCGAAUUGAGGAGAUCACGCAGAAGCUCAAGAUCGAUGAUGUGGUCCCUGCCGAUGGCGACCGUUCGCCGUCGCCCGCGCCUCAGUACGAUAACCAGGGUCGCCGUGUCAACACCAGGGAGUACAGAUACCGCAAGAAGCUGGAGGACGAGCGUCACAAGCUCAUCGAAAAGGCAAUCAAGACCAUUCCCAACUAUCACCCUCCGUCCGACUACCGAAGACCUACCAAAACGCAGGAAAAGGUCUACGUGCCGGUCAACGACUACCCGGAAAUCAACUUCAUUGGCUUACUUAUCGGCCCCCGUGGCAACACAUUGAAGAAGAUGGAGUCUGAAUCUGGUGCCAAGAUCGCUAUUCGUGGCAAAGGUUCAGUCAAGGAAGGAAAAGGCAGAUCUGAUGCUGCCCAUACCAGUAACCAGGAAGAGGACCUCCACUGUCUCAUUAUGGCUGAUACCGAGGAGAAGGUCAACAAGGCCAAGAAACUGAUUCAUAACGUGAUUGAAACUGCGGCCUCCAUUCCGGAAGGCCAGAACGAGCUGAAGCGCAACCAGCUUCGAGAGCUUGCUGCACUGAACGGUACUCUGCGUGACGAUGAAAACCAGGCCUGUCAGAACUGUGGGCAAAUUGGCCACAGGAAAUGGGAGUGUCCUGAGAAGCAGAACUACACCACCAACAUUAUCUGCCGAGUCUGUGGCAAUGCUGGCCACAUGGCGAGGGAUUGUCCCGACAGGCAGCGUGGUGCUAGCUGGCGCAACGACGGACCAGGAUUCCGCUCUGCUGGUCGCAUCGGUGCCGGGCCUACCAGUGGUGCUGAGGUUGUUGAUCAGGAGUAUGAGGCUCUCAUGCAGGAAAUUAACGGUGGUCCUGGCGGCGCAGCCCCUGCUCGUAUCGAAGCUGGACCAGGAGCUCCGCCGACUGGCCCCAGCGGCGGUGACAACGCCAGGCCCUGGCAACGAGGCCCUACUGGUGGGGCCGCACCCUGGCGCCAGCGCAACAACGAUCGCGAGAACAACGACGAUGGCCCCCGUGGUGGCGGAACUGGUGGAGGCUUUGGCGGUGGAUCUGGUGGACAAGCACCUUGGGCCCGGGAUCGCCAAAACCGGCAACACGAUGACCGUGAUCGCCAGGAUGGAGACCAGCCCUGGCGCAACCGGGACCGCGGCGACAGAGACCACCGGGACCGUGACCGUGAACGGGAUAGGGACCGCGAUCGCGGCUACAAUAGCCACGGCGGCGACAAUGGUUAUUCUGCUGCAUCUGCGUCUGCGUCUGCGCCUGCCCCAGCUCCAUGGAGCCAACCCGCCGGUGCACCUGGCUAUGGCGCAUACCCCGGGUAUGGUGGCUAUGGCGGUCCUCCCGGAAUGGGCGCCCCUGGGAUACCUGCACCACCUGGAUUGCCUGGAGCCCCUCCUGGACUCCCUGGUGCUCCAGGACUAAAUGCUCCGCCUGGACUGCCUUCGGACUUUAACGUCAGUGCCUUGAUCGCACAGUACUCUGGCGGUGCUCCUCCGCCUCCUCCGCCAUCUGGUGACGCUCCUCCGCCUCCCCCGAGUGAUCAGCCACCUCCGCCUCCUCCGCCUGGCGCCUAGAUCAUCCAAGAGAUGCAGUACGAGCCGACUCGCUGCCGACAGAAUUAGCACACGAGACUGGCACAUUGCCUCAAGCCUGCCUUGUCUAGCCAGAGACUAACCUCACUAACAUGCCGACUUGAGGCCUCUUCACGAUUCCUAACCAACGGCAGUAGUUAUAACUUGUCGCUUACCACGGGCAUUUCGGAUAUCGCGACUCUUUGAUUCAAAGCAAAAUCAGGAUCAGAUUAACGUAUCAAAAGCGCUUUUUUUUUUGCUUGCCUGUCAAUCAUUCUGCAGAGUAUGCAAGCGCUCAGCGAUCAGCGAGAGGCAAAGACGCAGGUUAGGGCGAGAAUGGGUAUUCAGGGGGACUAACCUUUUGCACAAAGUUGGCUGUCUUCGGUAGGGUAUUGGCGAUUGAUCUUCUGUCGCGCAGUCAUUGACGUGCUCUGGGCGUGGGAAGCACGUCGGCUUGCUGCUUCUGAGGAUUGGACAACGACUGACCCUACAUGCAGGCUCCUUCAAUUUUCUAUCCGACUAACCAUGUAUAAUAACGAGACCCAAAGUCUCAUUUUCCGAUACUGUACCGCGAUCUCUUCGUCUUUCAAUACAUAUCCAGUGACG